AUGUUUUGUUAUCAUUGUCCUCCAGCGUUGCAUCCAUCAUCGGCACCGAGACUACCAACGCUGGACUAUCCAUUCACUCCAACUCAUCCGUAUACGAGUUAUUCUUAUCAUCCGGCUAUACACGAUGAUACGUUCGUACGAAGAAAACAAAGGCGUAAUCGAACGACGUUCACUUUGCAACAGUUGGAAGAACUGGAAACGGCGUUCGCACAAACUCAUUAUCCUGACGUAUUUACGAGAGAAGAUUUGGCAAUGAAAAUAAAUUUAACCGAAGCCAGAGUUCAGGUUUGGUUUCAAAAUCGUCGUGCAAAAUGGCGAAAAGCAGAAAGAUUGAAAGAAGAACAAAGGAAAAGAGAUGGAGAUACUCUGACGAAAAGAGAUUCGGAUGGUGCAAAAGAAACAAUGGAGGAUAAAUUUUUAGUGUUAAACCACAUUUUCGUAUUAAAAACUUCUUCUUCUUCUUCUUCAUCUUCCUCUUCCUCUUCUUAUUCCUUUUCGGGUGGGGGAGGGGGGAUGGUUUUCCUCGAAAAUCUAACGUUGUUAGUCGGAAGAAAAGAAAAACUCGAAGAAGAAAAAAAGACGCAAAAUCCAAAAAAAAAAAGUUUUCCCAUUCAAAUGGACGAAUCGAGAUAUUUAAGCAGUCCAGAAGUUGGAGAUUUGGAUGAUGGUGCAACUUCAUUGACUUUGGCAUCGCGUUUGAGAGAGGGUAGCAUAACUCCCGGAAGUCAAGUUACCGAUAUGGAAACGGAAAUCGAAUCCGAAAUUACGGAUAAUAGACCGUCGAGCGAUUGUCGAGAGACUGAAAAAAAAACCGCCAAUACUCCUGGUUCUUUUAGUUCGAGCGUUUCCACUCCGACUUCACCAUCUCCGGUUUUAAGGACUACAUCUACGACGACGACGACGACACAAAAUGUCACUUCUGCUGCCACUUCUGCAAAUUCUUCACCGGUUUCUCUUUCGGAACAAACGACUUCCUCAGCUGCCGCCAGACCUCUCAACUCGGGAAUUUCAUCAUUUAGUCAUAAUCUUUUCCCGACUUUUACCGAAGGGGGUGGUUUUCGACCUCUCGUAGAUUCUGGAGCAUCAACUAGAAAUCCAUCGUCUAUUUUUUUUCCACCGCAUUUAGCGCCGCAAUUUACUCCGCCGAUUUUUUCAGGUCUUAAAGGUUUGCCGGGAUUAUGUUCUUGCUGUCCGAUAAAGCCUUUGAAUACGAAUCUCAUACCGGAUCUCGGAAAUCAAAAUUCAACAACAGCAACAACAACAGCAAACGAUCAUCAAAGAUCGUCGAGCGUUGCCGAACUCCGGCGAAAAGCACAGGAACAUUCUGCGGCACUUCUUCAAAGUUUGCAAAACAUGGCCAAUUUUCAACAGCAAGCCGUUGCUGCUGGUUUGCAAUUUCCUGUCGGUCUCGGUCUUCAAUUUCCACCGUUAAAUUUACAAGCUUUUGCUGCGAAUAGUAGGAAAACCGAACCUUUGACGGUAUCCACGACCGUUUCGAGUUCUUCAUCAUCGUCGGCAAAGGAAACCGAACAAUCUUCGUAA